AUGUCAAAUUUAUCUACACCGGAAACAACGAUUGAACCUAUUGCCACACCAGCAGUAGUCACUGACGAUGUUACCAGUGUAUUAAACAAUAAGUUAGAAGAAGAUCCAACUGAUAUAUUUUCUGCAUUAGAGUUGAUCAGACAUUAUGAGGGUAAAGACGAUUUCGAACAAAUUAAACUAUCCUUUGAACAAUUACAUACAAGGUUCCCCUUUUAUGCACCAUUAUGGUCCAUUCAUUUAAAAGAAGAUUUACAACGAGAUGAAUUUGAAACUGUUGAAAAACUAUUAGCGCAAUGUCUCUCUGGAGAAACAGAAAACAAUGAUCUUUCUUUAUGGAUGACAUAUUUGGAUUAUGUUCGCAGAAAGAAUAACUUGAUUACAGGUGGCCAAGAAGCUCGUGCAAUCGUCGUGAAAGCCUUUGAUUUAGUACUUGAAAAAUGUGCUGUCUUUGAACCCAAUUCUUCCCAAUUUUGGAAUGAUUACAUAUUGUUUUUGGAACAAUGGAAACCAGUAAACAAAUGGGAGGAACAACAGAAAAUUGAUAUGAUUAGAACUUUAUACAAACGUAUGCUUUGUGUUCCAUUUAAUACAUUAGAACAAAUGUGGAAUAAAUAUACUCAAUGGGAACAAACAGUGAAUUCCCUAACAGCAAGAAAAUUUAUUGGAGAGUUAUCUGGUGACUAUAUGAAGGCUCGUUCGUUAUACCAAGAAUGGUCUAAUGUUACAAAGGGUUUACGUAGAGUUGCUCCAAUUAAUUUACGUUCUGUUAACAAGAAGAAUCUUCCCCACACAUCAGAAAAUGAAGAAUUCUCUGAACAGAUCGAUAUUUGGAAAAAAUGGAUAGAUUGGGAGAAAGAUAAUAAGUUGGUGCUACCAGAUGAGACUUUCAAGAUGAGGGUCAGUUAUGUUUACAAGCAAAGUAUUAUAUAUAUGUUAUUCAGUCCCGAAGUGUGGUAUAAUUAUGCCAUCUCCUUUGAUGAAAAUGACUCAUCGUGGCGUCAGCAGACUCUUUCACAUGGUUUGAAGGCUAACCCUACUUCACUUACAUUAUGCAUAAAACUAUCAGAGAUAUACAGUAUGGAAAACGAAGUAGAGAUGAUUAAAACCUGUUUUGAAGGAACAAUAAAAUCCAUACAGAAACAAUACAAGAGACAGAUUGCAGAUGCCGAUUCCCAAAGAACCGAGUCUCUCAAGGAGAGACUCGGCUACAUCUAUUGUGUAUAUAUGAAUACAGUUAAAAGAAUAUCAGGUCUUUCGGCAGCUAGAUCCAUCUUUGGUAAAUGUAGGAAAUUAAAGGACAAUAUUACUCAUCAAAUAUAUAUUGAAAAUGCAUAUAUGGAGUAUUAUAAUCAAAAUGACGGUUAUAAAACCGCGUUAAAAGUAUUGGAAUUGGGAUUGAAAUAUUUUCAAACAGAUGGUAAAUAUAUCAAUAAAUAUAUUGAUUUCUUAUUGUUGUUAAAUAAGGAUUCUCAAAUUAAGACAUUGUUUGAAAGUUCUAUAGAUAAAAUAGAAGACAAGAUACAAACACGUCUGGUCUUCAAGAAAAUGAUAGAAUACGAGACUAAAUAUGGUAACAUAUCAACAGUUUAUACAUUAGAGAAGAGAUAUAAGGAGAAAUUUCCAGAUGAACUGUUCAUUGAAACAUUUUCAGACAGAUACGCCAUUCAAAAAGUGAACCAAAUUAAAAAAUUAGAGUUACCGUAUCUUUAUAACGAGGCUGAAGAAGCCACAACCGCUUUGGGUAAGGAUAGAAAUUUGAAAAGGAGUCGUGAAGAUUUUAAUAACGGUCCAAAUAAAAAAUUUCAUGGAAAUAUGAAGACUGAAAUCCCUGAACCUAUUAUUAAUUUAUUAAAAAUAUUACCAAAACGUCAAUACUUUAAGAAUGCCAUUCUUGAUCCUUCAAAUUUGGUUGACUACUUGAUUAACCAAAUCGAAAUUCCAAGUAAUAUAAACAAUAAUGAAUAA